CUCCCUCUGUCGUUCCAUUUUACUGUGUGUGCUCAGGGGGUUUCUUUACCAUCUGCGAGCACCGCGCUCAUGUGUUUGUGUGUUCAGUCUUAUGCACACACAAUAAACUUUUCUACCGGACACCAGAUAGAAUUUCAAAGACACCUGCACCGAAAUCAAUAAUAUUCGGAACAUUUAUUCCGAACAUAAUCCUGAACUGCUCUGGAGAUCCUUUUUCGUUUGUGGCUUUUAGUACCCUUUUCAACGAUUUGUGUUUCAUUCGAAACGGGAUCUCGGGAAACAUGUUGAGGAGAGGAGGUAUUUCUUUUGAAAGGUUCCCGAAGUUGGGACGCCAAUGACGCGCGAUGCAAGAGGAACACACACUCUGGGCGUCACUGAACUCAUCUAGAGGACCACAUCUCAUCUCCUCCCCCAUCUUAACUCUACUGACCCCCCCCCCCCACCUCCCUCCUCCAACCCAGUAUAAGACUCCCCCAUCUUAACUCUACCUGUGAGAAGAAGGCUAGUCGGGCCCACUGUACGAUUCCAUUACCCACUUCUUAACACCUGUGAAACACUGACCAAUCACCAUGCAGACAUCAUCUCUCCGCCGCCAGGUGAAGAACAUGGUCAACCAAUACUCAGAGGCAGAGAUCAAGGUCCGCGAGGCGACCUCCAACGACCCGUGGGGCCCCCCCUCCUCUCUGAUGUCAGAGAUCGCUGACCUGACCUUCAACGUGGUGGCGUUCACUGAGGUCAUGGGUAUGAUCUGGAAACGCCUCAACGACAGCGGGAAGAACUGGAGACACGUCUACAAGGCCCUGACACUACUCGACUACCUGAUCAAAACGGGCUCGGAACGUGUGGCGCAGCAGUGCAGGGAGAACGUCUACACCAUACAGACCCUACGGGACUUCCAGUUCACAGACAGGGAUGGCAGGGACCAGGGGGUGAAUGUUAGGGAGAAGGCCAAGCAGCUGGUGGCCCUGAUGAGGGAUGAGGAGAGGCUGAAACAGGAGAGGACCCUGGCCCUGAAGACCAAGGAGAGGAUGGCUGGAGCUGCCGCAGGGUCAGGGAUGGGCUCUGGUUCUCUACCUCCUCCCUACCCAGGCCGCCGCACCAGCCAGCCCAGCAUGACUGCACUCUACGGGGAUGACUUCAGCCGGUCCAGGGAGUCCCAUUCCUCUUUCAAUUCCACCUCUUCCUCUCCUCGCCGUGCCGCAUCAGACAUGGAGCAGGCCCGCCCCCAGACCAGCGGGGAGGAGGAGCUACAGCUGCAGCUGGCUCUGGCCAUGAGCCGAGAGGAGAGUGAAAAGCCUGCUCCCCCGAUGGACAUUGAUGAACAGACCCAGCUCCAGAUCGCCCUGAGCCUCAGCAAGGAGGAAGCUCAGAAGCCGGCCUCGCCUCCUCCGGUUGCCUUGGAUAUGGAUGAAGAGAGACAGCUCCAGAUCGCCCUGAGCCUGAGCAAAGAGGAGCACCAGCAGGAGCAACGGAGUCGCCAAGGAGACGAGUCGUUGCUCCAAAAAGCUCUGGAGGAGAGUAAACGAGAGGCGGCGUCUGGUGGAAUUGGGUCUGCUAUGAUGGACCUGGUGGAGGUGUUUGCUGUGUCGUCUGAGGUGCCUCCUAGUGCUAGUGCCAACUCCUGGAACCUGCCAGGGGGGAACGUCCGCACCCCUCUCCACCACCCCCUCCCCCAGGCCCAGGCUGCUGCUGGGCCUGGUCACCUGCCUGGGGCUGGGGCAGCCUCCGACCCCUGGGACUCACUGGUGGAGGCUCGCUCCACCCCCGCUGUGAUAGAGUCUCCCUGGAUGGUUCCUCCCACCUACGGUAGCCCCGCCCCUCCUUGGGAGCGUAGCCUGUCCCCUCCGGACCCCUGGGAGACCCUGGGGGUAGUAGACCCAUUCUCUAUCCCAGAUGCUCUUCGAACUGGCAGCCCUACAGAUGGUGACUUGUUUGACGAGGCGAUGGACGGAGGUCAUUUCAGCCUGAACAGUCGAGGUGAGGGUGAGGGCAGCCCGGAGCUGUUUGAUCUGUCUCGUAUAGGGGACAGUCUGGGGGUCCCCAGCCCUCGGACCUGCCGGACCCCUGAAUCCUUCCUGGGGCCCACAGGGGCCUCCCUGGUCAAUCUGGACAGCCUGAUACCAGCCAACCCCCCAGCCAAGACCAAGAACCCCUUCCUCUCAGGUCUGAGUACUCCAUCUCCCCUCAACCCGUUCCAGAGUGAACAGCCUCGUCUCACCCUGAAUCAGAUGCGUCCUAGCUCCACGUCCCCCGUCCCCCCCUCCGGUCCUCCCUCCCUGCCCUACAGUGCUUCUCUGCCCCUGCCCGCCAGCCACCAGCCGGCCAGCCUGCCCUCCUCCCUCACCCAGCCCACCCAUGGAGCCCUGGACAUACCUGGGCUGCCACAGCCCCUGUUACCUCUUUCCUCCAUCUCGUCUCUGGGAGAGCAGAAUCAGAAUCCCUUCCUAUGAUGUCUGUCCAGCUGAACUGAACCCCUAAGAUGGAAGAUAGACCAACACCAACUUCUGCCAUGCGCAGUAGAUCACCUGCUGGGUGUCCACGAGCGGUGUCCUGCUGGGUGUCCACGAGCGGUGUCCUGCUGGGUGUCCACGAGCGGUGACAAUUCAACAUGUGGAAUUGUCGAGAACUGAAUAGAAAACGACGGCCGAUGUUUUGUAGUCAGAUGUGAUAGGACGCCCACCCGCUGUUGCACGGCCGGCCUUCAUGUUGGUCUGUCUGUCCUCUAACUCUGGUGGAUGGAACAGAGAGAAUAGAAAUGACUCUUAUUAGGUUGUUUUCUGUCAAUCUAACCUCAAAACUCAACAACUGGAAUUCAGACUGAACUGAAAUCCCCUUAAGUUGUUAUUUUGUUGUUGUUUUUCUAUGGGCUAUAGUACUGUAACCCUUAGCUUGCUGCCUCUGCUACUGCGUCUGCUACGAUCUGCUCUACGCUUUAACCACAACCUGUCCUGUUACUCCUCUCUGCUGAAGGGAGUGAUGGAGGAGGAACGAGAGGUAGAAAGAGAAUAUGCCCAGAACGUGUUUAGGUCUAUAGUAACCUAAUCCUAAACCAUGACAGAUACUGUACAUACACGCCGAUGCCCAAGCUCAUCCUCCGCUAUAGGAAACACAGCAGGUGAAGACGUUUCCAUGUUAAAGUAAUUAGCAAUACUUUACAGAUGAGUGUGUCUGCACUAACCUGGUCUCAGAUCUGUUUGUGCUGUCCUGCCAACUCCUAUGGAUCAUUGGCUAUACAGCAGGAACAUAUCUGGGAUCAGGUUAGUUAACUGCUUUUCCAACUGCUUCUUACCCAGUCACAUUCCCCGCCCACUCUGCUGCAUACUUUAGUUUGAUUGGCUCCUCACUGUUGCUCCUGAUCCAGCACUGAACUGAUUGUACACCAGAUAUGCCUGCUUAUCUCUCCGACUGACAGACCACAAUGCACUUUGACAGGACGCUCACUGUUCCUGCCGCACUGCUCUAUGCUGAUUGGUCGGUCCGCUCUCUGGACUGCCUUCAUUAGUUGACUCUUUCUCUCCUAUUAUCUCUCCCAUGAUGCCCCAGGGGAUAACUCUGACAAGUCUGUUCAGGAGGAUGUAACGUUACAGAAUGCUCAGAUAGAAAUUUAUCAUGUAGAACAGAUAUGAUUGUCUGCCAGAUAGAAUAGGGGGAAGCGUGCCGGCUCUAUUCAAUCUAUUUCUAUCCAUUCAGAAUGUUUCCCAGCACAGACUGCAACUCAGAUAGAUAGAAAUGUAUCAGAUAGAAUAGGGGAAGCGUGUUGGCUCUAUUCAAUCUAUUUCUAUCUGUAAAAGUUCAGAAUGAUUCCCAGCACCGACUACAACUCUGAUUUCUGAGAACGGGCAUAGAACAUUCCACGCCAAUGAUGAGACGCCAGCCAACCCCCAUCCAUAUAAUGAACACUGAGUUUUAAGUUUCCUUUUUGUUGCAUUAGGCCUAGUAAGGCUCAGUCUGACUGAGUUCUUGUGUAAGGGUGGUUUGCUGUUGGAAUGGAACUGUUGUGAUGGUGAGAGAGAUUCUAAGGUAGUUCUAUUGUAGUGGACUGGAGUCCCUUUUGAGGGAUAUCGGAAUGAAAUCUGCUUUUCAAGAGACCGGAACCACUGCAGGAUUCACUAUAGGGGAAAAUCCUAACGCUCUCACUUCAAGUUGAGUUUUGCAUUGAUGUCAAUGGGAGAAGUGGAAAUUCAAUUGCAGUGGAAGUUAGGAAGCUCGCAUUCGACCCUAUAAGCAACGCAACAUAUUAGAAGAAUGUAUGAAUUGAUAUCAUGAUUAUUUUCCCUCUCUCAUUGCUCGAUCAUUACUUGUGAAACACUGAUUGUCAUCAUCAAAUAUAAGGGUAUAAUGAACUAAUAACAACACCUGG